GCUUGUUAUAGGUUAUAUGUCAAAAAAGGAAAAGCAUGAAGAUUAUUUAUAUUUAAAACUUUUAAAUAAAAUAUAAGUGGAGCGUGCUUAAUCAAUAGGAAUAAAUAAAUAUUAUACUAUGGCUUUAACAUUUUCAAGUAACUUUGCAAGAUCAACGACGAUAAAAUUGUUAGGAGAAAAAUUUGCAGCAAUAAAUUUAACGUACAAUUCUAAUCAAAUAAGGGAAAGGCACGUUCUAAACCCGAAACCCAGAUUGAGAAAUCCUACAUGGUUUACGAAGCAAAUGAAAGUUAAAAGAGAUGAACUAAUUACAAGAGAAAACGAAGCUUUCAUUCAACAAGCCGUUCAAGAUAAAUACAGCAAUGUCACUCCUAAAGCAGAAAUAGCAACUAACGUAGAAUGGUCACCCAAAUACCAAAGAACCGGAGUAAUAGCCAGAAAAAUCGGAGUGUACCCUUUAUGGCUCAAAACCGGAGAAAAAAUCCAAACCACUUUACUCGAAGUUCUCGACAAUCAUGUAGUCAAACAUUACCUCCCGGAAGAGUACGAUCCGCCCAGAAAGCGCCCAAAAUUAAUCGUUAACAAAAAACAUUGUUUAAUUCUGGGCGCGGGUGCCGGAGACCCGACCCUUUUUACCCGGGAAUACUGCGGUUUGUUCAACGAAUCAGGCAUUAUACCGAAAAAAAUACUGGCUAGAUUCUUCAUAAGUCCUGAAGCUACGUUACCAUUAGGUACGUUAAUAACAGCCAAGCAUUUUCAAGUAGGCAACACUGUUGAUGUCAGAGGAAAAACAAUCGAUCGAGGUUUUCAAGGUGUGAUGAAGCGCCACGGGUUUAAAGGAAUGCCAGCAUCUCAUGGAGUCACGAAAACUCACAGGAGGCCUGGUAACAUAGGCGGCGGUGGAGAAAAAGGGAGAGUUUGGCCCGGAACCAAAUUGCCGGGGCAUAUGGGCAAUACGUGGAGAAUCGCCAAGGGCUUGAAGAUAUUAAGGAUGAACACCAAAUACAACGUCAUGUGGGUCUCGGGACAGGCCAUUCCCGGAGAAACUAAUUCCAUUUGCUAUGUGUUUGAUACUAAUCUACCAUUAAGAAAACCGGAAAAACCAGUUCCUUUCCCCACGUAUUUUGAAACGGGAAGCGAAGAAGUUCCUGAAGAUAUUUACGAUGAAAGCAUACAUCGCUUUGAUGACCCUUCCCUUAUUUUUAAGGAACAAAAGUAGUUUGUAAAGUAGUACUUAAAUAUA